AUGGCCAACGCCAGAGAAUAUGAUCCAAUUAGAACUUCAAGGGGAAAAUUUCGUGGACGUCCUGACUUAUCAACAAAUCAACCAGGUUUAUCAGAUCCGUCUGAAUUUUCUCAAACACCAUCAAACCAACAACAUCUAUCUGGUCCAUCUGGAUUGUCUCAAAAACCAUCAGGUCCGCCUAGGCUUUACCAAGGAAGAGAACCUAGAUCAAUACAUUCUACACAACCACAUCAAACGCCAGUUACCAUGCAAUGUCCAACUCGUCAGAUGCCACAACGCGCCCCUGGUGCCCCGCAGCUAAGGGCCCCUAGGCCACAUGGUCAAAGACCGGUGGUUUCUAGUGAAAGACCGACAGCUCCUAAACAAGACCCAAAGGCAAGAAUGCAACAAGUUGAAGAAGGACUUAGAAAUUUGACUUCAGGAGAUGUACCGCUCGUACCGGUUGGUAGUGGAGCUGCAAAAGGUCGAAGGGAAAUCGACGUUGAAAAUUAUAGAGCACCCAGACCACAAUCUUCUUUGGGAGCAAAGGGGAAACAGGGAAAUUCUGGACAGUCAGUUUUUGAACUUACAUCAAAAUGUCGCUCUGAUGAUCAAAUUGUAGUAAUUACAGUUAAAUUCACCGAUGUUAUAGAGACCGGUGAUUAUGCCAAUAUUCAAGUUUUUAACUUACUCUUGCGUAACUGUCUCCGUCAUCUCAACCUCACAAUGGUUGGAAGGAACUUUUAUGAUCAAGAUGCCAAAAUUGAUAUAGCUCAAUAUAAGCUUCAACAUUGGCCAGGAUAUGAAGCAACAAUUAGCAGGUAUGAAGAUAACAUUUUGUUAUGCGCUGAAAUGUCAACAAAAGUCAUGCGCCAAGAGACAGUAAUGGACUUUUUAAACCAAUGUGCUGCUGAUAGAAACAGAAAUAAAGAUUGGAUGAUGAACUUUAUAAGUGGGGUUGUUGGCACUGUGAUGACAAAAUACAACAACGAAACAUACAGAAUUGAUGACAUAGAUGAAAAUUCUGACCCUACAUCUGAAUUCAGUAAAAAAGAUGGAUCUAAAAUGACAUACAUUCAAUAUUACAAAGAAAAAUGGAAUUUGACCAUUCGUACUGUCAGGCAACCAAUGUUGAUUUCAAAAAAUAAGAGAUCCAUACGACAAUUCGGGGAAGAAGAUACAUUGGUUUACCUUGUUCCAGAAUUAUGUGUUAUGACUGGUAUAACUGAUGCGAUGAGAAAUAAUUUCACACUUAUGAAAGAUAUGGCCAUACACACCCGUGUAAAUCCUAAAGAAUGUAUGGAACGACUAACAAAUUUUGCAAAUCGCCUUAUUAAAACACCUGACUCUGUAGUCGAAUUGAAAAGAUGGAAUCUGACUUUAAGUAGUAAUCUUGUUGAACUAACUGGUCGUACUUUACAACCGGAACCAAUUCAAAAUCGUACUAGAGGGUAUAAUGGUGUUGAAGAAGCAGAUUGGACAAGAAAUUUACGCUCUUUACCAAUGUUCACUUCAGCGAUUGUGAAGCAUUGGGUCAAUUUAGCUUCUAAAGACUGUUGUCGAGAAGCUUAUGUAUUUGCUCAGACUCUAGCAAAGGCUGCACAAGGGAUGAAUUUUACACUACCUAAGCCUACUAUAGUCCCAAUGAAUGAUGGAAGAGCAAAUACAUUUUUAAGCCAUUUGGAACAAGUAAUAAAUGAAUCUAAUCCGGCAUUGAUAUUAUGUGUUAUUCCAUCGGCACAUGGUGAUAUUUAUAGUUUGAUUAAGCGGAAAUUAUGUAUUGAUAGAGCAGUACCAUCCCAAGGAAAAAUGUGCAAAAAUACAAUGUCUAUAUGUACAAAAAUUGCUAUUCAAAUAAACUGUAAACUUGGUGGUGCUCCUUGGCUAGUUACCAUUCCUAAAAAAGAGAUGAUGAUAGUUGGUUUCGAUGUAUGUCAUGAUAGUCAACGCAAAAAUAUAUCAUUCGGAGCAUUAGUAGCAACCAUGAAUGACUCUCAUACAAGUUACUUCGGUUGUGUUGAACCUCAUCAAAGUGGAGAAGAACUUUCAGUUCAUUUUGCUACUGCCAUAACUAAGGCCUUGGCCAAGUAUAGGGCUAAAAAUGGGUCAUUGCCUACUUCCAUUAUUGUAUACAGAGAUGGUGUUGGGGAAGGCCAAAUAUCGCAUGUCCAUAAGACUGAAGUUUCACUUUUAAAGACUGCUUGUGAACAAGUUUAUGGACCCAAUUCUGUCCCAUUUGCGUUUGUUAUAGUCACCAAACGUAUUAGUGCAAGAUUUUUUAUCCUACCGAUAGGCAUGGAAAAUCCACGACCUGGUACAAUUAUUGAUACCGUGGUUACAGACCCAACUAAGUACGAUUUCUUUUUAGUUUCAUUAAAUGUAAGGCAGGGCACUGUCACUCCUACACAUUAUCAAGUGAUUGAGGACACACUUAGAUUUCCUCCUGAUAUAAUGCAAAGACUUACAUUCAAGUUGACUCACAUGUACUACAAUUGGUCGGGUACUGUGCGGGUUCCUGCUCCAUGUCAGUUGGCACACAAAUUGGCUUUCCUUACCGGUCAGACCCUCAAACGUGCUCCUCACAAUGGAUUGGACGAGUUGUUAUACUUUCUGUAGUGAUGUAUUCAUUUG